UAAUUCAUAUUAAACGUGGACAAGUCAAUCAGGGUCCUUAUUAUUAUUAUUUUUUGAAAAGGAGGAGUCGAGAGAGAGAGAGAGUGGUAGUGGGAAGAAAUGGUGAAGCCACAGAAGCUCCGAGACAUGAAUGAUGAAUUUCAGAAGAUCUUGGACGCCAAAAUGGACAAUGCACAGGAGAGACGGCGUGCCCGAGAAGCCUUCAAGCAGAUUCAGCUUGGAAUUGAUCAUUGCUUGAUGAAGAUGCCAUGUGAAGGACUGAAGAUAGAAGAGUCCUACGAAGUGAACUCCAGAGGAUUAGAAAUAUUCACGAAAAGCUGGCUGCCGGAGAAUUCUAGCCCCAAAGCGUUGGUUUGCUACUGUCAUGGUUAUGGCGAAACGUGCACUUUUGUAUUUGAAGGAGUUGCAAGAAAGUUGGCAUCAUCAGGCUAUGGAGUGUUUGCAAUGGAUUAUCCAGGCUUUGGUCUUUCAGAAGGUCUUCAUGGGUAUAUUCCAAGCCUUGAUAAGCUUGUCAAUGAUGUGGCCGACCAUUUUUCCAAAAUCAAAGAGAACCCCAAGUUCCAGCGUCUCCCGAGCUACCUGUUUGGGCAGUCUUUGGGUGGAGCAGUCGCCCUGAAAGUGCACUUGAAACAACCAGAUGCCUGGAAUGGUGCCAUUCUUGUUGCACCUAUGUGCAAAUUUGCAGAUAAUAUGAUUCCACCAUGGAUAGUGUUGCAGAUUCUAAUUGGAAUAGCUCAUCUUUUUCCAAAGCUGAAAAUAGUUCCACAUAAGAACUUCGUCAAGAUGGCAUUCAGAGACUUGAAAAAGCAAGAGCUGGCAGCAUAUAAUGUUAUUGCUUACAAGGAUACAGCUCGCCUGGGGACUGCUUUGGAAUGUCUACGAACUACCCAAGAGCUAGAACAACGCUUGCAGCAGGUUUCAGUGCCAUUACUAAUCUUGCACGGAGAAGUAGAUGUUGUAACAGAUCCAUCAGUAAGCAAGGCACUGUAUGAGAAGGCAAUUAGUUCAGACAAGAAACUUAAGCUUUAUAAGGAUGCUUUUCACUCUCUCCUUGAAGGUGAGCCAGAUGACAUGAUUUUUCAAGUUCUUGAUGAUAUUAUCUGCUGGCUUGACGAUCACUGCAUUAAAAAGAUUCAGUAAUUUUUUAAUCUACUUAUUUACGUAUUAUAUAAAUGUCUGAACUGUUCCUUUGCUAGCUGCUGCCAUCAAUUCCUACAAUUAAUUUAGAGUUACAUUUGUUUCUUAGAAAUAACUUGUAUGCAGAAAACAUUUUCUAAUAGAAUAAAUUAUUUUCCAUUAUUUA